AUGGUGAGGUCUCAGGGCUAUGACAAAAUUAGUGUCAAAAGGGGUGUUUGGAGUCCAGAAGAAGAUGCAAAGAUAGUUGCAUUUGUGUCAAAGCAUGGACCUAGUAACUGGACUUCUGUCCCAAAAAAAGCGGGGCUCAAGAGGUGUGGAAAGAGUUGCAGGUUCCGGUGGACUAAUUAUCUCAGACCUGAUCUUAAGCAAGACACGUUUACAUCCCAGGAAGAAGAUCUAAUCAUUAAGCUUCACGCAGCCAUAGGAAGCAGGUGGUUCAUAAUAGCCCAGCAACUCCCUGGGAGAACAGACAAUGAUGUGAAGAACUACUGGAACACAAAGUUGAAAAAGAAGCUCUCUCAAAUGGGAAUAGACCCUGUUACUCAUAAGCCAUUCUCAAAGCUACACAUCCAAGCCACCAAUAGUCAGUUUCUCAUCCUCAGUCACCUCCCUCGAUUUUUAGUAUCCCCCUGA